AUGGCCCCGGUGUGUCGCAUCUGUUUGGACGCGGAGGGCGCCUUGAUCCAGCCCUGCGGAUGUCAGGGCUCCAUGAAGUGGGUGCAUGCGGAGUGCCUGGCGCAGUGGUGGCAUCACAGGUCCACUGGUGGCGUGGAUCUUCCAGAAGUUGACAGUCUCACGCGCUGCGACGUCUGUGGCGAAGCGUUGGCGCUGGUGCGGACGUGCCAUGCUGGCCAUCGCCUCUUUCGCUUCUUCAAGCACCGCCUGCAGGGCUGUCGCGAGGCAUUGAGGCAGCUGCCGGAGCAGCUGCGGGAGGAAGGGCGGCUUAUUCGGCAGUCCCUGCGGGAAAGGAUAGGAGGCUCCAAGAUCCACGGCAGCUCGCUGCUUCUCUGCUUGUUGAUGUUCUGGUGGACCCUGGGAGCCAUGAGAGUCCCAGGUCCAUCCACAUCGUCGACGCUGAGUCCGCGGGCCGUGCACUUCAUGGAGUUGGGAUGUUGGACCUUUCCAGUAUUCCUAUGGUGGUCGGUGUUGAGACUGGCCAUCAAUUCCAGCGUGACAGGAGAGAACUGGCUGGCGCACUUGCUCAGGUUGGACCAGGAGGAGUGGAGGCAUCUCUUCGUAACGAUCUGCAUUUGUUUGCUGAUGGUUUGCGCCAUGAGCACCUUCGCAUCAGGGCUGGGGCCAGGCUUGCAGUCCGACCCCGUCCUCGCUCAUCUCAACUUUGCUGCCGUGUUGUCGCCGCUGGUGCCACUGGUCGCGAUGAUUGCUGAUCCGCAGUGGCUCUGGCAUUGGUGGCCUCCUAUUGAGGACAUGCUGGAAGCAGAAGUUCAUCUGCCGUGGGUGGCGGGCAUUUUCGCAAUCAUGAUGAGCAAUCUGCUGAUGGCUGGUUUCAUGUCCUUCAGCAAUCACAUGGCCUUGCUGAUAGUGGACCUGUUGCCAGAGACCCGCGCACAUCGGGAGAAGCUGCAGGAGAACAUGAGGCAUAUGGAUCCCAUCUAUGGCCUGUUAGUGGCCACCCAUGUGCUGAGCAGCAUCUUCGCAUCCCUUCAUCUUCCCACGAUGCUGCGCAGCCUGAUGUUUCUUCCAAGCGAGUGGGCACCAGAGCCCCUCCUGUCCGAAUUGCACACGAACCAAUGGUCGAAGCUGGGGGCCAUUGUGAUCUUCAUCGCUUCAGGAGAUUUACUGUGGCUGGCCAUCUAUGGAUCUCCUUGGUGCAUCUACAUCGUUGAGCUCUGGUCUCUGACCUUUCUGGAGCUUUGUCGUAGAUUAGGUGCGGCUCCCUUUACCGUGGCAGCCGCGAUCAUUUGCUUCUUGGACGAAGAAGUGAACAGGUAUAGCAGUCAUUCCAGAUUUGGACAAUCCCCAUUGUUGCAACAGAGCAUUUUUGCGGGUAUGGAUCGGUGUGGAGAAGUGAACUUCACGAAUCGCGAACCUCGCGUUCUGGGAGACGAGGAGGUGAUCAUGGCCUUAGGCGAAGCCGUCUGUCAGGAGAUUCCCAAGUUCAUCUCGGCUAAUCCUGAGAACUUCAAGGGAUGGCCGGGGACGAUGAAGGAUUGGCAUAAAUUGAUGAUGACUUUCCAAGUUGACAACAAGGAGGUGCAUGACAAGACGACAUGGCCUGCAAACUCUGUGAUUCACGAAGCCAUCGAAAGGUAUUUCAAGCCCGAGGCGCCACCCAAGUUCUGGCACCGUGACGAGGAGUGGCUCUCGCGUUGUGAAGGCCGCGGCACUCGCAAGUGCGCUGCGGCACAUGCUGUGCUGGUGCGUGGCACGGGGCUCUUCCGAGUCAACGGACAGCAGGACAUGUACCAUCGAUGGCCUCAGAUCUACCAUCGCAUAGAUGUUUGCCAACCAUUCAAACUCACAGGCACGGCUGGGAUCUACGACGUCUUCGUCUCCGUGCGGGGUGGCGGCUUGAGUGGUCAGGCGGGAGCGACCCGCUUGGCCGUGGCCAGAGCUCUUUUUCAGGCAAAUCCCAACUGUCACGACCGGCUUCAGAAGGGUUUCUGCCUCUUAGAGGCUGGGAAUGUGGUGAUGGCAACUGUGUUCUUGUGGACUCUAGGAGAUAUCAAUUUGGGUUUGUUCAAAACGGGGGAUGCCCGAUUCAAUGGCUAUCUUCAGGAAUACAACGACCCAAGUACAGGCAGGGCUUACUACUACAACAAGCUCACAAAAGAAACUACUUGGGACAAACCAGCACCAGCGGCCCCAAAGGCACCAUCAGUGCCAGCAGCACCCGUUGCCCCUGAUGCUGACUGGACAGAGCACAAGGAUCCAGCCACAGGCAAGGCAUACUACUACAACAAACUCACAAAAGAAACCACUUGGGAAAAGCCAGCAACAAGACCAGGAUCAAGCAUGCCACCAGCACCGGCGGCCCCAAAGGCACCAUCGGUCCCAGGAGCACCCGUUGCCCCUGGUGGGCUUCCGCCUGACUGGACAGAGCACAAGGAUCCAGCCACAGGCAAGCCAUACUACUACAACAAACUCACAAAAGAAACCACAUGGGACAAGCCAGCAACGAGACCAGGAUCAAGCAUGCCAUCAGCACCGGCGGCCCCAAACGCACCAUCGGUCCCAGGAGCACCAAUUGCCCCUGGUGGGCUUCCAUCUGACUGGACAGAGCACAAGGAUCCAGCCACAGGCAAGGCAUACUACUACAACAAACUCACAAAAGAAACCACAUGGGACAAACCAGCACCAGCAGCCCCAAAGGCACCAUCAGUGCCAGCAGCGCCCGCUGCCCCUGGUGGGCUUCCACUUGACUGGACAGAGCACAAAGAUCCAGCCACAGGCAAGGCAUACUACUACAACAAACUCACAAAAGAAACCACUUGGGAAAAGCCAGCAACAAGACCAGGACCGAGCAUGCCACCAGCACCGGCGGCCCCAAAGGCACCAUCGGUCCCAGGAGCACCCGUUGCCCCUGGUGGGCUUCCGCCUGACUGGACAGAGCACAAGGAUCCAGCCACCGGCAAGGCUUACUACUACAACAAAAUCACAAAAGAAACCACUUGGGACAAGCCAGCAACAAGACCAGGACCGAGCAUGCCAUCAGCACCGGCGGCCCCAAAGGCACCAUCGGUCCCAGGAGCACCAAUUGCCCCUGGUGGGCUUCCACCUGACUGGACAGAGCACAAGCAUCCAGCGACAGGCAAGGCAUACUACUACAACAAACUCACAAAAGAAACCACUUGGGACAAGCCAGCAGCAAGACCAGGACCGAGCAUGCCAUCAGCACCGGCGGCCCCGAAGGCACCAUCGGUCCCACGAGCACCAAUUGCCCCUGGUGGGCUUUCACCUGAAUGGACAGAGCACAAAGAUCCAGCCACCGGCAAGGCAUACUACUACAACAAAAUCACCAAAGAGACAUCAUGGCAACGACCCCCUGGCAAGUCAGGAGCUUCUCCCAUCCUCUUGUUGGCCUUUGAUUUCGACUGCACCAUCAGUUCCCUACACCUCUUCGAACACCUCUACCGCCGUGGCGGUGUGGACAUCCCGUCGCAGAUCAGCGUGUUGCAACAGCAAUGCUACGAGGUGAGCGCCCGGAGCUACUGA